UGUCCCAACUGCAGCAAUGCGCUGACAGUUUCCCGAGCGGAGUCCUCGACUCAACAUCCGAUGGGCAUCAACCGAUUCGAGUGCCGCACCUGCCCCUACGAACAACCCAUCGUGCGACAGACCAUCUUCGAGACAACCGAGAUGAAGCAGAAGGAGGUGGAGGAUGUAUUUGGCGGCAAGGAGGAGUUUGCCAAUGCCGAUAGUGUGGGCACACAAUGCCCUGCCGAGAACUGCAACGGAGACCGUGCAUACUUCUUCCAGCUGCAGAUCCGCAGUGCAGAUGAGCCGAUGACUACAUUCUUGAAGUGCUGCGACUGCGGUGCACGGUGGAGAGAGAACUGA